AUGUUGAAAAAAAACGAAAGGCACGAAGAUUCUGAUGAAGAUUUUUCUCAUGGUAAUUUUCCCAUAGUUCUUCUAUCCUUUUUUAAAUUUCAGUGAGAAAUAUCGGAUUAGGUGCUCGUGCCAACAAAAAACGUCGUAAUCAAAAAAAAGCUCAAACUAAACAAGAAGCUCUUAAGACCAAUGACGGAUUCGACACAGUAAGGAUAACAUUCGAAUCACAAACCUGAAUGUUUUUUUGAAGAUUGGAAAUAUUAAGAAAGGAAAGAAACCAACAAUUUUCAAGUCGAAAGUUCCGAAGAGAGCGGCCGCUCGUACUGGAGCCAAAUCGGUGAAAAAUAAGCGUAAGAAGAUGCUGGCGAAAAGAUAAAACAUUUUAAUUUUCAAAUCGUUGUCUGUUUUUUUUUACUUAUUAUUUGUUAUAAUUGUUGGUUUUUUCAUAUUAAAGUUGUUUGAUGGAAAAUAGUUCGGGAAUGUUAUCCGGUUACCAACCAAUACUUUAUUUAAGCAGCAAAUUUUUAUAUAUAAAAAACAUAGUGUAAUGCAGAUGGCGGUUGUCAGAGACGAGUUUGACGAAAUUCCUGACUCAGAAAUUCAAGAAACUCUUCUUGAAAGAAUUGAAGGUACUUUUCAAAAUAUGCUCUUGAUAAAUUUUUCCUGCUCUUUUGCGUUCAGGUCUAGGAGACAUGUUUCCGGAUAGUCUUUGUUCGGCUGUUUCAUCGGGCGUAUCUUGGUCCAAAUGGGGAAUUAGAGGAGUGGUAUGGCAGCAGGUCUGCUUCAAACUUUACUUUAAAUCUAUGUUUCAGCUCAAUGUAACAAAAAAUGCAGUUUGGAUCAUCUCCACGACAUCUCUCAUCGCCUUCCUGCCCUAUAUUAUCGAAAAAGAAAGGAGUGAUCUUGAAAAGACACAAGUUGCUCAGCAGCGCCAAAUGCUUCUCGGACCUUCUGCCGCAAUCCAGAACGCCAAAAGCUCCUAA